AGGCCCCGCCCAACCCGGAAGUGGGUGGAGCGGUUCUAAGAUGGCGUCUCCUCCUCAGGGGGGCCCGAUGGCGAUCGCCAUGCGGCUGCGGAACCAGCUCCAGGCCGUCUACAAGAUGGACCCGCUCCGCAACGAGGAGGAGGUGAAGGUGAAGAUGAAGGAGCUGAACGAGCACAUCGUGUGCUGCCUCUGCGCCGGGUACUUCAUCGACGCCACCACCAUCACGGAGUGUCUGCACACCUUCUGCAAGAGCUGCAUCGUGAAGUACCUGCAGAGCAGCAAGUACUGCCCCAUGUGCAACACCAAGAUCCACGAGACGCAGCCGCUGCUCAACCUCAAGCUGGACCGCGUCAUGCAGGACGUCGUCUACAAGCUGGUGCCCGGCCUGCAGGAGAGCGAGGAGAAGCGGAUCCGCGAGUUCUACCAGUCGCGGGGCCUCGACCGAGUGACCCAGCCCAGCAGUGAGGAUCCCGUGGUCGACACGAUGGGUUUGCCCUACAGCAGCUUUGACCACUCCCGGGCCCACUACUAUCGCUACGACGAGCACGUCUCCCUGUGCCUGGAGCGGCAGAGCUCCAGCAAAGAGAAGAACAAGGCCGGUUUGCAGCAGAAGUACGUGCGCUGCUCGGUGCGGGCCCAGGUGCGCCACCUGCGCAGGGUCCUGUGUCACCGCCUGGGGCUGGCGCUGCAGCACGUGCAGAUCCUGUACGGCAGCGAGGUGCUCCCGGAUCACAUGACCAUGAAGCAGCUGUGGCUGUCCCGCUGGUUCGGCAGGCCGGCGCCCCUGCUCCUGCAUUACAGCGUGAAGGAGAAGAGGAGGUAGGGGGAUGGGCAGAGGCUGCCAGGCCCAGAGACCCCCGCACCCUGCAGCUCCCCCCGACCCCCUAACUUAAACCCUCCUGCCCCAGCCGAGUCUAUUUUUUGAAUAAAACUGUUGAA